AUGCCCAAGGCCAACAAGCAUGCGGAGGUCAAGCCAUCCAAGUACCGAACAGCCCUCUGCGAGUUUUACCUCCGUCAGGAGGAAUGUCCCUUUGGCACUCGAUGCGCCUUUGCCCACGGUGAACAUGAACUUCAAACAGAAGAGCGCAACGUAGAACUACUUAAGGCCACCGGUCUGCAGCGACUAGACGCGGCCAUUUCCCCCACCCCGACAAGGUGCAGCGCGAUGAAAGCAGAGAGUUCUCUGAACGCCGUCUUCCCCGUCACUUCUCUCUCCCGACGGCAUCCAGUUAUUGUCUCACUUCCGUGUUGGACUGAGUCAAGAGUUGUUGGGUUUGAGCGGAGUGAGCCAACAACACCGGGAAAGAGACUAGAUGAGCGUGAGGCCGCGCCAUCCUUUUCUUUCCCGGCAAGGGAGGUGCAUCGUGCACGCUGCAGCAGCAGAUUUUCCGCUACUUGCUCCACUGAGGCCCCCGUUAUGUACCGACACAAUCCAUACGCUCUCUCUACAUAUUACGAAUAA